UGGGUGCAAUCCAAGGAUUGAUGAUUCCUAUAGUCCGACAUUUUCCGCGCAAGCUGAAAUAAUUGACGAUGAAGCUGUCCCCAUUCUCGAUGGGCUUACGCUCUACGGGCCCAAGUGGGACAUCGUAAAACGCUGGGCUGGGCGAAUUAAAAAAAGUAUCAUGCUAUGCGAUCCAUUCAUUAUCACAUGAGAGGAGAGAGGGAAGAAGAGAAGAUUUUCAUCAGUUGAGUUGAGAGAAGGAAAGGGAAAAUGGGUAAGGAUCUGAGCGAGGAACAAGUGUCUUCCAUGAAGGAAGCCUUCUCUCUAUUCGACACUGACGGAGACGGUCGGAUCGCUCCGUCGGAGCUGGGGAUCCUGAUGAGGUCUCUGGGAGGUAACCCGACGCAGGCCCAACUCAAAGCCAUCGUGGCUGAAGAGAACCUCACGGCCCCCUUCGACUUCCCCCGAUUCCUCGAUCUAAUGGCCAAACACAUUAAACCCGAACCCUUCGAUCGCCAACUCCGCGACGCCUUCAAGGUCCUCGACAAGGACUCCACCGGCUUCGUCGCCGUCUCCGAGCUCCGCCACAUCCUCACCAACAUCGGCGAGAAGCUCGAGCCCUCCGAGUUCGACGAGUGGAUCCGUGAAGUCGACGUCGGAUCCGACGGCAAGAUCCGCUACGAGGAUUUCAUCGCCAGAAUGGUCGCCAAGUAACGCCGAUUCCAUUCUCUCUUUCCAGUGUUAUUUUCUCUCUUUCUUUCGCUUUUGGUUGUUUGCUUUUCAGUGGACCAAUUAAUAGAUUAAUCAAUUGUCUUGUGUUUACUUUUUAUUUUAUGGUGUGUGGCUAACCGAGGGUGGUUUUAGGAAACGGUGGCUAGCUACUCAAUUUGCCCUAUUUGCUUUGGGUUUUAUUUGUAUUAUUAUGAGAUCUGAUUCUGAGCUAGUCUAUAUAUGCAUGCUGUAAUUCAGACCAAGUAUUUGCGUAUCUAAUCCUUUAUUUCUUGUUUGAUCAAA